CUGUCAUAUGGUCAUGUUACAAUGUACCCCACCUAUAGGGCAUAUUGUCACAUUUCACUUCCAGACACAAACUGAGAAAGUCAAAAAGUGUUACUUCGUGCCCCGCUCUCCCCUACUGCUCAUGACAAGUUUGGACUUCAGCAGCAGUUGAUCAGGGCCAUGGAGCCGUGUGACGGGUCGAGCUGCACAUCAACCACUGAUGACAGCAAAACAAACCUGAUCAUCACCUACCUCCCGCCGAACAUAUCGUAUUACGACCUGAAGAGUCUGUUCGGCCGCAUCGGAGCGAUCGAGUCCUGCAAAAUCGUGCGGGACAAAAUCUCAGGUCAGAGUAUGGGUUACGGGUUUGUGAACUAUGUGGAGCCCCAAGACGCAGAAAAAGCCAUCAACCUUUUAAAUGGACUCAGAGUAUAUUCAAAAACUAUCAAGGUAAGAUUGUCCAUCUGUCUGUCUGUCCGUCUGUCUCACACAUCUGCCCUUCACAGUGAGUUUGUUUGUGUUUUCCAGGUGUCGUUUGCUCGCCCCAGCUCCGCCUCUAUCCAUAACGCUAACCUGUAUGUCAGUGGCCUCCCGAAAACCAUGACCCAGAUGGAGCUGGACCAGCUCUUCUCUCCGUACGGCCGCAUCAUCACCUCCAGGAUCCUGGUGGAUCGGAUCACAGGCGUGUCCAAGGGUGUGGCCUUCAUCAAUUUCGACCUGCACACAGAGGCUGAGGAGGCCAUUAAAGGGCUGAAUGCACAGAAGCCGCCGGGCUGCACUGAGCCAAUCACAGUAAGGCUCUCCGGAAGUUCCAGCUGGUGUAUUUUUGUAUAUAAUCUUGAUUCGAAUGCAGACAAGCGCAUCCUCUGGCAGCUCUUUGAGCCUUUUGGUGCUGUGAUUGGCGUGAAGCUCAUACGAGACUCUUGGUCAAAGAAGUGUAAAGGCUUCGGCUUUGUAACCAUGAGGAACUAUGAGGAGGCGCUUGUCGCCAUCGCCAGUCUAAAUGGCUACCGGCUCGGCAAACGAGUCUUACAAGUCUCCUUCAAGAAGUGAAGAUUGAUGACAAGAUGACAGGAGAUAGUUAAUGUGUUCAUUUUGUUGAAUAAAGUUGAAUAACAGCCACUGUAACUUGAAUGUUUUUUUUUUGUUUUUUUUUUGACUCUUUUGUUUUAGAUUUCUACAUUUUCUGGUGUAAGUGCUUUAAAAUUCAUUUAUAGCUUAUGUUUCUUUAACAUUGAUUUGUGAGAGUUUCUUUUUUUUUUUUUUUUUGAGUUUAUUUCUUGGUUGCAGAAUCAGAAUGUGCACACCUGGCAAAUAAAGCACAAACACACAAGGAAUUUGUUGUGGUUUUCUACAGGAGCUCUUGGUACAUACAUAUGAUAUGAGAACAGAAAUAAAUAAAUAAAUAAUUUAAAUAGGUAAAACUAAGAAAAUACUAAUAAAUAAGUAAAAUAAAAUACACACACAAGUAAUUUUUACUCUCUCUCAAGUACUAAGGGUGAAUACUAAAAACGGGUAAUUGCUAUGUUAGCUGUUUAAGCUGGAAAUAGCAUGGGGGAAAAAACUGUUCUUAUUCCUAGAUGUUCUAGUGCACAGAGAUCCUGAGGGCAGAAGUGCAAACAGGUUGUGUCCAGGGUGAGAGGGGUCUGUGAUGAUGUUACCUGCCCAUUUCUUCACUCUGGUGUUGCACAACGAUUAUCCUUUCAGCUGACCCAACUGUCCGUUGCAGUAUUCUUAUAUCUGAUUUACUAGCUGACCCAAACCAAACAGUUAUAAUAUUACUUAAUGUAAAUUGUUUACUUAUUGUAAAUACUACAAAAGUUGACCACUGUGCUGUACAGAGAAAAGAAUAAAAUAAAAGACACAGUAAUAAUAAAAAGACAUCACUAAAUUCAAGAAACUAAGGCCUGGUUUCACAGACAGGGCUUGGCCUAAGCGAGGGUUAGGCCUUAGUUCAAUUAAGGUAUUUAAGUAACUUUUAUAAACAUUCACCAGAAAAAAAAAAAAAACGUGUACUGGUGAGCAUCUUGAGACAAAUCAAUGACACUGAUAUAUUUUAAGAUAUGUCAGUGCAAGUUACUUUCAGUUAAAACAUCUCAAACAUGCAUUUUAGUCUUAAGCUUUGUCAGUGAAACCAGGGGCAAGAGUUAUAAUGAAUGAAAUGCAAGGGUAA